AUGACAUUUUUUGGGUGGAUUAUUUUCUCUUCUGCUUAUUAUUUGGAUGCGAAGGUUCGAGGAGAUAUUGACUAUUACAGCGCGAGGGAGAAAAUGGACAGACUGACGGUCGAAUUUCAGGAUAGUUCCAAAGCAAUUGGGAGGAUCAGAAGAUUUUCUCCACAGCAAUUGAUUGAGUUUUCGGUCGAAAACGGAGCCGUAGAGAACAAACUGACAGAAAAGGAUCUUUUCUUCCUCAGAAAUUUGGACCAAGGCCCUGGUCGAAAAUUCUACUGGCUCGUCAAUGAUACUCACUACCAACGGCCAGUUUGCUUUGAGCAUGUUUACUCCUUCCGAACCGCCUUUCUCUUCUUUCUCGAAACAGAGACUACAGUUGGAUAUGGCAAGCGAGCUGUAACUGUUCAUUGUCCUGAGGCAAUCGUGUUUUUGAUCAUUCAAUGUCUUCUCGGAACACUUGUCGAUGCCUUCAUGGUCGGUUGUAUUUUUAUCAAGAUUUCAAAACCUCAGGGGGAAUUCUUGCCGAUGGAUCAGAAGGACAUGGACAUUGGAAACAUGACAGGAGCUGACAGAUUGUUUCUCGUGACGCCGAUGAUAAUUGAACAUGAAAUAAAUGAGAAAAGCCCGCUGUGGACCAUCAGCUAG